AAAUAUGCACAAAGGCAAUGUAUUGUAUAAUAAUAUUGUAAGCUCGUAUAUUUGGUUAUUUGAUUUUUGACGACCUUGAGUCAUAGCGCGUUGAGCUCGUGAUGAGAAGGGCUACAAACGUAGGUGUUUAAAAAAUUAUGUUGCCAUUUAAACAUUGAAAUAGAUCUUUAUUUGUUCAUAACGCUUCUACUCAAGGUUAAAUUUCUUUUAUCAAAUAUGUCUUCCCUUGAUACCAUACAACCUUGUAAAACAGUAAUUUGAUAUCUCGUAUCGGUUUCGGAGAAAUUCAAGUGCGUUGAUUAAAAUAAGACCCUGUAUAUACAGGGUAUUUUUAAAGUCCCUGACCUAGAUCCCUGGAUCUCGAAAACGAUUUUAGAUAUGGAAAAACGUUGAAACAUGUUCGAUUAUUUGGAGGGGCUGCUUAUUUUAUGCUAAAAAAAUCUCUUAGCCUUCUGGAGGGGGUGGAGGUGCAAGUAAAAAAUUUUUAUUGGGAAGGAGACCGGAACCUCUAAUUAGAGCCCCCAGAAUCUCUUAGAAAUCUUAAAAUAAAAUCCAAAGAAUGCCUUUGAUAGUAUUCACUAAGAGGAACAUUUUGCCGCAAAGUUCGUUUCUUUUAGCAUGAGUAAAAAAAUCGAGAAAGGCUCUUUUGUAACCUUGACCCUCCCCCCAUAACUUUUGAUAGGGUGGUUGUAGCGACCUGCGGUUUUCACAAAAAAAAAUUUUUACUGGACCUUUAAAACGAGCUACAAUUUGACCCCCUUCCUAUUUAAAAUUUGUUAUUUGCACGUUCCCGCCUCCUUGGGGGCUAAAAAAUUUUUUUUUGAAUAAAAUAAGCAGUCCCUAAUUCAAAUAAUCGAACGCGUGUUUCAGCGUUUUUCUAUAUCUAAAGCCGUUUUCGAAAUCCAGGAGGCUGGGUCAGAUCUUAGAAAUACCUUGUAUAUCCAAAAGGACUGUGUUUUAAAGAUCGAUAAAAAAUCAGCGCGCAGUUUUCUUAUUACGAAAUGGGGAGGUCCAGGUUCGAACCCUAAUUGGGGUGAUAUUUUUUACAAUAAAUUCUUUACAGUGACUUAAUAAGGAUACUUAUUAGCAUCAAAAUUUAAAUCGAUUAUCGAUUAAUGUGGAUUUACUGUUCCAACAAAGAACUGUGUUUUAAAGACCGACAAAAAGUCGGCGCAAUUUUCUUAGUUUGGAAAAAGUAUACAAAAUUCACACAAUAUCAUUCUUCUUCUUAUGACGCCGUCUCCUUUCGAAGGUUGGCGAUCCAAAUGGCCAACAUAGUCUUGUUUUCGUCAGCCAUUAAGAUGUUUUGGAAGAAAUAGUGUAGUAAGGGUUCCGUUCCUUUUCUAUACCGCAGUGCAGAGCCGGGUUCGCUCACUGUUGCUAGACGCCUUCCGGUGUUCAGUACUCUACCGCUCACGCGCUACAGCCUGAUUCUGAUGAAACUGCUGCCUUUCAUCAGUGCUAGAUUUUGGUCCGCCCCGAGUAUUUCCUCGGUACCCACCCAUAUCUGGGAGGCAUUCCCCGAUCCGCCACCUGGGGAGACGCCCGAUGGAGGAUCUAGCAACCUCACACGGCAUCGCCGAUACCCCCUCUUUCCUCCACACAUCCACCUGGAAAAGCGGUGGUCGUGUAGGGUGAGUUCCCCAUUGGGAGGGAGGUUCGACUUGGUGACGUGCCCCGAAAAUUCCGAGGACACGUGCACCCGGUAGCCACCGCCGCCUUCCACCAGAUUCCCGCCCCAGAUCCCCGAGAAAAACCCCCGCAGGAUUUGUGAUACCUGCCUGGGAUUGAACCCGGAUCUCCAGAACGUGAAUCCGCUGUUUAGCGUUAGUGACUACAACUCAUCUGCACAGUAUCAUUAGAACAAUUAUUAUCAUUAGCCUACCAAGAUCCAGUCUGGACCGUAAAUGACGUUUUUUUCUUUAAUUGAUUGUAUAUCACAUUAGUCCUGUUCCAUUUACAAUUAUUGUAUAUGUAUAUUUAAUUAUAGGAAAAUGUGUACCUCGACAAAUGUAGGUGAUAUUUGCGUUUUGGAGGUAACUAUUGACACGUUUAAACGAGUACAGAUUAGACGCGUCAGAUAUGACAGAAAUUAUUCAGAUGAAAAAUUCGUAGAUGUGAGAUGUAUCGAUAGUGGUAUUAUACACGAAUAUAUUGAUGUACGUAAAUUAAUGCACAUCCCAGAGGAAUUAUUAAAUCUUCCAACGCAUGUUGUCGAAAUAUUUUUAGCUGAUGUAGUACCAUGGGACGAGGAAUAUAUGUGGAAUCAAUGUACUAACGAACAGGUGCACAAGUGGUUCGCAGAAAAUUUUGAUGGAAGGUCUUAUAUUAUUGGGAAAAUUUGCCUUUAUCUUGGAAAUACAAUAUGGUUAGACGAUUUGAAAAUUGGAACGAAGUUAAUUGGUCACCCCGACUUGAUAGGAUCUUCUUUAAAAAAGGAACUAUUCUCAGGGAAUUUUGCAGUUUGGAACAACAAUCAUUUAUCGAGCCUGUUGAAACUUUGCAGAAACUGCGGGUUGACAGAAAUCAAUGGUCACGACAUAAGUGCUGCACAUAAAUGAAGCAGACUUUUACUAUCAUUUGUAAAAAUUGGGUGAUUUCGGGAAGUCAAUCGUUUUCUUAACGUAUAUUUAUAGGAAAAGAUUGAUACAAUAUUUUCGUCUGUUUUGUAUUUCUUUAACUGCGAACAUUGCAUACUGGUGGAUGUAGAGCUCUAGGGAUUCCUUUUAGGUAUAAACUUUUAGAUAUGAAAAAUAAAGGAAAAUAAAUAUAAUUGUUCUCCAUUCUCUCUGUAUGCGUACAUGCUGUUCUAUUUUCUUAUAUUUUUCAGUAUUGUAUGUAGAAUCAAAUUAUAUUUCUUUAGAAAAAAAAGAAAUAUUGAUCAAAAUAAAUAGGAAUUCCAGGGAUUUUACAUCCACAGUUGAGGAUAAAUUUUUUGAGACUGCUGUGUAUUAAUUAAAACUGAAUAAAUGUGAAUAAAAAUAAAGUAUCAAGUGUGCAUGAAAAUAAGUAUUAAUUCAAAAAAUGGAUGCAAAACUAUCUGUUUUAAUCUUUAAAUUGAUCACAAAUAAUGAAUGUAAGAAAUAACUGAACUCGAGUACUACCUUUGGAUAUGUGAAGUAUAUCCAAAACACAAAAAUGCUAUUAUUGAUAUAAACAAUGAUUAAUCGCACUUUAUUCGAUAUAUUCGGAGUUUGUAUUAAUAACAUAGGUAA